AAUGUAUCACCGCCUGCUGUGUCUGUUCUCUAUCAAUAUUGAAGAAAACACGGAAGGAAAUCGCGUCGAUGUCUUCUUUGAGGAUUCCAGUCGAAUCGAGGAUGUUUUACAGCAAUACAAAGGGCCCAGCACUUGAUCGGUACUUCGUCUGAUCGGUUCCACGGACGGAUGAAAGGUGGAAAUCGUCGUUGUGUCUAAUGAAGCAGAAAGACGGGACAGCCAUGGAUGGAAUCUCAGUUAGAGAAACAUCGAGCUAAGGCCUUCAUGAUAAUAAUAAUAACGGCAUAAAUGCGUAAAUAAACAAUGGUAACAGAUUGUUUUAUGAAAACAUGCUUUUUUGAGGGCAAAAAAAUAAAAGAAAAAUACGAAACUAAAUUGUGUUAACUCUGUAACAACCAAAGAAGAAAUUUCACGACAUCUGUUUCACAAAACAACAACAAAACAAAAGAUUCUCCUUCGAUUUCUUUAAACGAAAGCGAAACAACAACAAAAAACAAACACAAACAAAUCCAAGCGCAACACGAGGAAUUCUACACAACAACAACAACAACAACAAAGCAGGAAGCCACUAUAUGGACGUUCGAGUUGCUAGAAAUAGCAGCCAAAUCUCAUCGCCUUGAUAAAAAAAAAAGUGAAGGACAUAUCGGAUGGUCUGAUCGUGGAUCUACUAGUCGGUGAUGGUCACGGCUUGAACGUCUUUGAUCGCAGAUAAGCUCUGUCGAAGCUUACUUGGGACUAAACAACAGCAACAACAACAACAACCAAGGCGGCGGCAACAGUCUAUAUUGGUGUUGCUCAAAGAACUUCCAUCUUAAACUCACUCUAGUUCUUCACUCAUUUGGAAUGGUCACUUGAGACAGAAAGGAACCAAAAUAUGUAUAAGAAAAAAAUUAAGAUAUUAAAUUCUUGUCUUUAAAAUUAUUCUUCAAUUUAACGAAAAUUUAAAACAAAAAAAUGAACACAGCCAUUGGAAGAAGAAAACGAAAAAAACCUCAAAAUAGUUGAAUUCCAUUCUUAAAAAAAAUAAAUACAUAUAUAUAUAUAUACUAAGUUGUUUUUAAUCAAAGGAAGGAAAACAUUCUCAAAUAUGGAUGUUAAGAAGAAAUGUUCCAUGAAAACUCCACAUUCUGAGAAGGAUUCCUCAGCUGAAGAUCAUCUGCAAAAAACUCCAAAAAAAUCUGUAUCUUCCGAAGGAUGUCGUUCUUCGGAACGAAGACGAAACAAGCCAGAAUUUUCGAUGCCAAAAAGGUCAGAUGUCUGGGACAAUAUUAAAGAUGUGCCGUUGAAAGGAAUGGGUUCGCUUAUUCCACGUAAAAUUGUUAAUGACUUUGUAGUUAAUAAUUAUCGUUAUAAUCAUGAUCCUAAUUACACCAGUGGAGAAGAGAGUCCUUUUGUUGAAAGCGCUGAAGAGAGUGACGGUUUUACAAAAGCCAAAACAAAACAACAAAAAGCAAUAAAGAAACGAAUAAAAAAUUCUUCAAAAAGACAACAAAAGGGUUCUGAUUCAUCAGAAUCCUUUGACAGUUCUGAGGAAUCGGUAAUGAAAGCAAAGAAACUUAAUCUAAAAAGUAUGUGCAAAAAGGUCCAUACUAAGAAUUCUGCUAAAAAGCCCUUAAGUGAAUCACUAGAAUCUUCAGACAAUUCUGACAAUGCCAUUGUGAAAUCUGCUCUCAGAAUACGGAAGGUGAUUAGUUCCGAGUCAGAUUCUACAGAAAGCCAAGAGAAAAUUUCAAAAGCUGCCCAAAUUUCUCUGAUUUCUAAACGGAAGAAAGCACCACAGGCACUCCAGAGUAGCAGCAGCAGUGUUUCCGACAGCGAGGUCGCUGGGGGGAGAGGGGAUAAGUCUAAAAUGGAAAGAGAUGAGAAAGCGAAAAGGUUGUCUGUCAUGAACAAAUCAGUAAAACACAGCCAUUUCAAAUGGGGGUCCAGUGAAGAAGAGGAGAAGGAAAAGAUUGUGAGUAUCACAAAAAAGGCUAGAAACGCUGGAACCAUUUCAAGCGAAUGGAGUGGUUCUGUAUCCGAUGUUUGUGUGGAGGAUUCUUCAGAAAACAGUGUAUCUGACCGUGACUUUAUUUGCAAAGAUCUUCCAUCUGCAGCCAGUUCCAGUAAAACCGUAGGCAAGAAUUCAGACAAAUAGACAUUUGAUCUCGACCGACUGUUUGGCAAUGUUUUGCUCAUUGGAAGGUUCGGACCUGAUGCUUGUUGAACCAAAAUAGAAUCGGUUUUACUUGCAUAUUCUAUUAAUGUAAAAGUAAAGUCUGCAAUUAUUUGCAGAAUAACAGUAAGACACUGGCAGUGCAAGACAUUGAUAUGGUUUCAGUCUCUGAUGGAAGCCAUUUCACUUCACUUUUGUUUCUGGGAAAUGGCAUGAACACCACUACAUUACAUGACCUCCCAGUUUAUAAUCCAAGACAUAUUAUCAUCUUGCCAAGAACUUUCUAUUGUCUUUGGAAAUCAUUUAGUUCUUGGUUUGCAUUUUUUUUUUGUUAUGCUUAGUCUAAGACGGAGAAGGGCAGAACCUUCUGUGACCAUUUUUUUAUAUGACAUUAAAGACUUGUAGAGAUGAAUGUUAGGUGGGAUUCAAUAUUUUUGUCAUGUUGUCCCCUAGUGUAGAAACCAUGCCUCGUGGGCGUAAGCUCUAACCUAGGGGACAAUAUGCCAAAAACAUUGAGUUAACAUAAAAUUGAACUCUUGAUCUGAAUGUUUGCAACAGAGUGAACCCAGCAAACGACACACCCAGGCGCCAGAUUGUGGGGUACUAUGGGUUUAGCCUUGCAAGGGAUGAAGCUCACCACACAACCAUCACAUGAUGCUGUAGCAUUAAAAGCAGGUCCAUAAUCCGGUGGCAACAUUGACUACUCCUAUCACCAGACACACACACAUACAUAAAGAUAUAUAUAUAUAUAUUUUUUCAUUUAGACAUAGUAGGCCCCUUCAUCUCACCAUAUAAAAUUUUUUUAUUUUAAAUACCUACUAGGCGCAG